AACGCUUGCGUUUAAACUACAACUCCCAGAAGGCCGUGAAUGAGGAGGAAGGCGGGUUCUCCUGCCGGAAGUCAGCUCUAGCUCUGGGCCCCUCAACUGCAAGCCGAGCCGGAGCCACCCAGUUACAGCGGGACCCCGGCCUCUGGGGUCCGGACAGGCGUCGCCAUGAUCCGCUUCAUCCUCAUCCAGAACCGGGCAGGCAAGACGCGCCUGGCCAAGUGGUACAUGCAGUUUGAUGACGACGAGAAGCAGAAGUUGAUAGAGGAAGUGCACGCCGUGGUCACCGUCAGGGACGCCAAGCACACCAACUUUGUGGAGUUCCGGAAUUUCAAGAUCAUCUACCGACGCUACGCUGGCCUCUACUUUUGCAUCUGUGUGGACGUCAACGACAACAACCUGGCCUAUCUCGAGGCCAUUCACAACUUCGUAGAAGUGUUAAAUGAAUAUUUCCACAAUGUCUGUGAGCUGGACCUGGUGUUCAACUUCUACAAGGUUUACACGGUGGUAGAUGAGAUGUUCCUGGCAGGGGAAAUCCGAGAGACCAGCCAGACGAAGGUGCUGAAGCAGCUGCUGAUGCUGCAAUCCCUGGAGUGAGGUGGCCUCCGCCCAGCCCGGCCCCGCUGGACCAACCUGCCCGCUCACCCCCUGCCAGGCCCGAGGCCCACCCCAGCAGCCCACUCCCUUCCUCAGCUGCCCCAGAGGAAGGACCCAGCAGGGUCUAAGGCCGCAGGGGAGGAGGUUGUAACCCGCUGCCUCUGAGCCCUGCUUUGACGGCAGAGGCCACCCUGAUGUCCUGAGUAACUGUGCCAUUGUCGUGUGAUGCUGUGAGUGUGCGUGUGUGCAGCCCCAAUAAACCUAUGGUCCUGCCAGGC